CCUCCGAGACCCGUCGCCGGCCUACUCUGCAACCUCACCACCACUCCCUCGUGCAGGCGCGAGUGAACGGCCCGGCGCCGACGAGCAAGCGCACGAUAUUUAUCCAGACGGAGAACACCCCGAACCCUGAUGUACGUGACUUGUCCUUUGGGACCUCACUCGCCUAAUUUUCUGGAGGUAUCGUGAAACGGACCAUCUCACAAACCAUAAAUGCAGGCCCUCAAAUUCAUCCCCAACCAUCGCGUCCUCCCCGAAGACUUCCCCACCACCUUCCUCGAAUAUCUCUCCCCACGCUCGACCCUCGCCCCCCCGCACCCGUCCCCACUGGCGGCGCAGCUCCUCAACGUCGAGGGCGUCACCUCGGUCUUCUACGGGCCGGACUUCAUCACCGUUACCAAGGCCGCCGACUCCAACUGGGCGCACAUCAAACCCGAAGUUUUUAGCCUGAUCACGCAGGCCGUGACGUCGGGCGAGUCGAUCGUCAACACCGUCGCCAAGGCGGGCGGCGAGGCUUCGCAAGGUGAGGAGGCGGACUCGCUGCGCUUCGACGAGGAGGACGACGAGGUGGUCGGCAUGAUCAAGGAGCUGCUGGACACGCGCAUCCGUCCGGCCAUCCAGGAGGACGGCGGCGACAUCGAGUUCCGAGGGUUCGAGAAUGGCAUCGUCCUGCUCAAGUUGCGCGGUGCCUGUCGGACCUGCGACUCCAGUACGGUGACGCUGAAGAACGGGAUUGAGUCUAUGUUGAUGCAUUAUGUAUGUCCCGUCUUUCCCCACUCUAUCAAGGUAUGGCAAGGUCAUAGGCGGGUUGGCUAAUAGACUGGCAAACAGAUCGAGGAAGUCCAAGGUGUUGAGCAAGCGAUGGACCCCGAGGAAGAGAUCUCGAUGCACGAAUUCGCCAAGUUCGAGCAGAAGCUGCGCCAGCAGAAGGGACCCGAUGCUACGGCCUCGAC